AGCCUCCAGCACCACGCACAACGGUAUGCAUUCGCCUUUCUCUUCCAUCGAAUCUGUUGCAGGCCAGCAACAAAGCAACACCAUCCACAACACCCACCGUGACUACAACGACAGAGUACUUGAAAAGGCCGAGGACAUCUACAGAAGCCAAGUCUGUAUUCAUUGCGUGCUGGUGUAUAGGCAAAGUUGCGGUUACCUACCAAGGGAUUCGUUCGGCCACGACGGUUUUUUUUUCUUUUUCUGGUGUCAUAGACCCGGCAUGUGCUUCACAUGUGGUAUUCCAUUCCACAACAGCCUUUAUCAAUGCAGAAGUAGAGGUUGUAACCCAGCAAUCGCAAACACGGUGCUUCCUGCUUGUUGGGCAGUCUUCAACACACGCAACCAAGACGCCGACCAUGCCCGCUUCCUCGCCGAGAACUGUCCGGACAUAGACAGCCGUGCCACCUUCCCAACAACGGACCAGGAGUUUGCAAGCUGGUUAUCCAACAAGGACCUCGACAAUAUUGGCAACGCCAUGAAACUGUUUUUACAGAUUUUCGAAGAGCUUAUUGUGGAGGAAGAGCGACACGCGGACCAGCACUAAGCCUUUCUUUCCGUUAGUUUUCUGUCAGCUCUCCUACCUCUUUUCCCUCUUCUCUUGCCCCCUACAUACAAAUCUGUCUACAACACACACACACACAUUUCUCUGUCUCUCUAUUUUCUUUUAUUACAACACACACACAUAUCUUAUAUAUAC